AUGACUGACUCGACAAUACUUUCUUUUACCGCUUCAAAUCGAGGUAAGCCAAUGCUUAUUUAUUCAGGAUAUGUUUAUCGAUUGAAAAAGUCGACAAAAAAAGUUAAAUACUGGGUUUGUCAAUCAAAUAGCUGUGCAGUAAAUGUUCAUACUAAUGCAAAUGAUCAAUUUAUUAAAGCUAAUGGACGACAUCAACAUUUGCCUGCACCCGAACGUAUUGAACUUCGAGAUUUGAAACAUACGGUAAAGGAGAGGGUGGAAAAUGAAACGACUUCUGUACCCAAAAUUUAUGAAGAAGAAUUAGCUCGUUCUAAUCUCUCUGCAGCUGCUCUUAUCAUUGCACCACUUGCAGCUGAUGCAAAAUCUGUUUUAAAUCGUGUACGUCGAAAUAUAACUCCACCAAUACCUACAUCAAGUGAUUUCGAUAUUCCUGAUUUUUACCGACAAACACUUAAUGAUCUACCAUGUGUUAUAAGUCUGCUUUCAGGAAAAUCUACUGAUAUAUAUAUACAAUUACUUUCUGAGCUUGAAUAUCAUGCUGAACGAUUAAAUAUGAAAUUUGAACCACGGCAUGUGAUGUCAGAUUUCGAAAUGUCGCUGAUUAAAGCUAUUAAAUAA